UCGUUUCCUUCUUUUAUUUAAUUAAUUUAUUUUCAACUGUAAUUACCUAAUAUCGGGUUGUGGCGGGAACUGGGGUUUUUCGCCGAUUCUAAAUUGUUCAUUCCUUUCCGUUUCGGAGUUUCUUGUGAAUGCGCUGUGCCGUCUAUGUUUCUUUUGCGCUUUGCGUUUUGGAUAUUCGGUGCCGCGUUUUGGUGUGGCGUUUGCGUGUUUUUUGGUACACUGGAGUUUACGCCUUUUGAGAUCCCUAUUGGGGACCCAUUUUAGGGUUUUCUUCUGUUGGGGUUUGGGACUCUGCAAUGCUUUGCGCUUUGGUUUUCAAUUGGAAGGUGCGGGUCUUUGAGACGAACUGAGGUUCUUACCCAAUGCCUCUUCUAAGGAGAAAGCCUUUUGCCUUGGCUGAGCCCCCUGAGGAAUUGAAGCCAGACGAGCUUGUUUACCAAAUUCGAUUUACAAAAGAAAUCUUUCGAGAUUAUCCUGAUUAUUUGAAGCGAUUGAAUCAAUACCGUCAGAGGGUUUGGAUGUGUAAAGUCACUGGAAAAACUGGCUUGACUUAUGAAGAGGCCAUAGUGUCUGAACAACAUGCUACUGAGAAAGUUCAACAGUUUCCCAAGGAAUUAAUGACUACUGCUUUAGGGAUUAUUCAAUACAGCACGCUCCCUUUGAAGGAUCUUGCUGAUUCUAUUGGUGAAAAAUUGCAGAAACGUUUGUUUGUCGGUGCUGAACUACAUGGGAAAAAGGGUGAUGAAGUACAUCCAUGCAGAAUAUUAAAAGUAAUUCAGAAAGGAGUUGACACAUUCCGUUAUGAGGUAGCUUGGCUUGACAAAAACAAAAAUAUAAGUGAACAAGCUGAACUCUGUGCAGAAGAUUUGGUGCAUAAGAAGCCGCUUUUUAGUAGAAAUAUUUUGAAGUCUUUUGUUCGGGAAUCUACAUGCCAGAAUGCCCCAUGGGUUUUACAUGAUGAAUUAGCAAAAGGUUAUGGAAUAUCAACUGACAUUCCUAAAGAAUUAAGAGGGAGGGUUUUUUACAGAGAUGGACUUCUAAUUUGCUCCAAGAAAAGGAAAAAUGAGGAAUCACUGGAAGACACUGAUAACAGUAAAAGGAAGAAGUUGGAUGGGGCACAAGUUGAUGAUUCUUGCCAAGAGAAAGAAAAUGCUCAACAGAAGAAUGAAGCUAUCAAAUACCCAAUUGAUGAUCUCUUGGUGAAACCUGGUCCGGAUGAUCCUGUUUUCACUGAUCGUCCUUCUCCAUCAAAAGACUUCAACAUUCCAAUGAGUUGUGUUGGGGAUCUCUUAAUGGUUUGGGAUUUGCUUAAUUCCUUUGGUAGACUGUUGCACCUGUGGCCUUACUCUCUAGAAGAUUUUGAAAAUGCAAUCUGUCAUAAGGAUAGCAAUGUGGUUCUCCUUGUGGAAUCUCAUGCAGCACUUUUUCGAUUUCUCAUCAAAGAUGACGAUGAAUACUCUUCGGCUGUGAAGAACCGAAAGUUAAAGUCUAAGAUUACAAUGAAUAAUUGGACAGAAUAUUUAUGCUAUUUCCUAGAGGUGAUCAAUAUUCCUGAACUGCGGCAUCAUGAAGCAACUAUAAAACGGGGACAUUAUGGCCUUGUAGAUGUCAGUGCUAAAUUAGAAAUCUUAUCCAAAUUGGUCAACCAAGCCCUUGAAACUGCAAUUUUCAGGGAAAAGUUAGAUGAGAUUAUUGAACAGCGGCAGGCACUUGGGGCCUCCAGAAGGGAAGAAGCAUUGGAAAAGGGUAGGAGGAGAAGAGAAGAAAAGGAACGGUUGAAAGCUGAGUCCAGAAGCAAUGGAUUUGUGGAUGGGCCUCUGAGUGGUGCUAAAGUACCAACGAAUGAUAAUCAUGGUAUACAAAAUGGAGACAUGGAUGAGAAAAGUCUUAUAGAGGUAGAACCAACUGGGCAAAACAGACAAUUGGAUAGAAGNGAGAUNAAGCCUUUAAAUUCUGUUUCAAAAAAGACGCAUAAGAAGCUAAAUUCAGAGCUGAAAGAACCAACUAAAAAUGGAAAAGAAUUGUCCAGAAAGGAAUCACCAAAACAGUCGAAAGCUGAUAAGGAGGAUCUGUCAGAGAAGAACAGUGAAGAACAGAGGAAAGAAUAUUUCGAAAAGGAGAUGGAGAAACGAUUUGUUCGUAGAAGUCCAUUAGGUAAAGACAGAGAUUACAAUAGGUAUUGGUGGUUCCGUCGAGAUGGGAGGAUAUUUGUUGAAAGCUCUGACUCCAAGGAAUGGGGAUACUACAGCAGUAAGGAAGAGCUCGAUGCAUUGAUGAGUUCACUGAAUUGCAAGGGUGAGCGGGAAAGGGCACUGCAAAAGCAACUACAAAAAUAUUAUACUAAAAUAUGCUCAGAACUCCAGAAAAGGUCAAAGGAUUUGAUGCACAGGAUUAUAGAUGAAUCUGUACUUCGUAGGUCUACUCGUGUUAGAGCUCCACCUAGACAGAAUCCUGCCAAUGCUUUCCUCAGAUAUGUUAACAAGUGGAAAGAAGAAUAGGCUGUGCUAGGAGCAAAUACAGUAAAACUUAGAACUUUAAAAGGAGCGAGUUUGAUCCAUUGCGUUGACAGUAGUAGAGACUAAGUAGUUUUCCGCUCCAUUUUUUGGUGAUGGACAAGCAUGUAUGUAUGCUUGUUUCAGAAAUUUUGUACAUUACUUAUUAUAUUCUUCAAUAGUAACUAAAACAGGUAUAAGAGAUUUUUUUUUUUUUUAA